ACUUUGAUGGAAUACCGGCUGUUGUAUAUGUCAAACGUAUUCCUUAAUUAAUAUUUUACGUAUAUAUUUUUUGAUUAUUAAAAUCAAUGAUUUAACAGCUGUUACAAUUUUUUAAUCAGUAGUUACUAAGAAAACUUUUCAACAAAACCUUGUGGUAGGAUACUGAGCGUUAACGAAAUGCCAGCCGCAGCCGCAGCCGCUUAUUCUUUAUUAAGUAAAAAAGAGGACGCCCACGAUGAUCCAAUUUACUGCUGUUCGUGGGCAAGUGUCAAAAGUGCAGAGAAAAACGGCCCCUCUAAGGACUAUAUUGUGACUGGUGGGUUGGAUACACUGAUAAAAGUUUGGAAACUGGACAAUAACAAAUUAGAUUUACUUCACACUUUACAAGGUCAUUGCAUGGCCGUGGUAUCACUUGCAGUGAGUCCUGAUGGACAUACUAUUGCAUCCGCAUCAUUAGAUUCUACGUUAAUUAUUUGGGAGUUGCUCAGCGGUAAUAAAGUACAUGAGAUUCAGACUGGUUCAAUAGAUGUGUGGAAGAUUGCUUUCUCCCCAGAUGGCAAUAAGAUCGUCUCGGGGAGUCACACAGGAAAGGUUACAAUAUAUGAUAUAGUCAAUAAUAGUAUUGAUAAGAUCUUGGAUACGAGAGGAAAAUUUGCUUUGUCUGUUGCUUGGAGUCCAAACGGUAAGCACAUAGCGACAGGGUCCGUUGUCGGGAUGGUUUACAUAUUUGACGUUAUCCAAUGUAAGUUGGUACAUACCAUCGAAGCUCACACACAAACUAUUAGAAGUGUAAAAUUUUCACCAAAUUCAAAUUUGAUAGUGACAGCCUCCAACGACGGAUCUCUCAAGAUAUUUGAUGUUGCUAGCGGUAAUCUCGUGAGUUCGCUCACUCUAAGCUCGUGGGUGGUGAGCGCUUGCUUCUCUCCUGAUGGCUCUAGUGUGGCGGCGGCUGAUGGCACCGUUACCAUCGCGACCAAAAACCUGAAACAAUUGAAGACCUUCCAGGAACACACUGAUAUAGUGUGGGACCUCGACUUCAAACCGGACGGCAAAAAGCUACUCUCGGUGGGAAAAGACAAAACUAUAAAUAUAUAUGAAACUCCAGUAGCGAAGCAACAAAACACCUAAUGUAUUACAAAAUAUUUUGCUUUAAAAAUCAAUAUAUAUAAUCUAAAUUUCCUCUUAAAGUGAACGCUUCUAUGUAAAUACGUUUUUAUUCUUAAAGAAAUAUAUAAGUAAAAUUA